UGACUCUUGAGUCUUUGACCUCAACCCCAGGUGAGGACCGGAUGACGGGAGGGACCUGUGGAAAGCAGAUAAGCCAGUUUUACCAGGAGGAAAUGGAGGCAGAGAGCUUGGGGCCCAAGCUCAGUCUGCCGGUCCCCUUUCUGGCCACCGGGGGGCAGCAGAGCCGCAUUGCCUUGGGCCAGGCAAAGAACUGGGUCCUGGUCUCCUCUGCUCUGAGCACUUUAGGAAUACGCCCACACUUGUCCCCUCAGCCUCCAAAGCCCUGUGGGUCCAGCCCACGGUGUGCCAGUAACUGUGUAAAUAGGAUAGUGUUAGGUGGACACAGCGAUGCACCCCUCCACCCCCGCCCAUCCAUCUCUCUCUCCGGAGCUCACCUGAACUCAUGUGGCUUCCUGGACUGCCAGAGUAUAAGCUGGUCCAGCCUCAGGGCCUUUGCAUUUGCUGCCUGCCCCCCUGCUUAGAGCUCCAUUUUCUCUAUUUACUCUUUUAUUCAUCUGUCAAGUCUCUGUCAAGCUCUCAGAUAGGAAGCCUUUCCUGACCAACCCUCCCCGCCCCUGCCCCCCCAUAAGGGCCCCAAGCCCCACUUACAUUCAUGUUGUACAUCCUGACCCCCCCAUGAGUGUGACGUGGCGGGCCUUAGUUACAGCACUCAGGCUCCUGGUCGACGUAUGCGGGAUCUUUCAUUGCAGUGCACAGAUUUAUCUCUAGCUGUGGUACUCGGGCUCAGGAUGUAAGCUCAGUAGUUGGGGCGGGGUCAAUUGCCCCGCAACAUGUGGGAUCCCAGUUCCCCAACCAGGGAUCGAACCCGUGUCCCCUACAUUAGAUGGCAGAUUCUCAACCACUGGACCACCAGGGAAGUCCCUCUAUGUUUUCUUGUGUGAUUAUUGGGUUGUUUUUUUUUCACCCAAAGGUUUGGGAGUCCCUUGAGGGCCUGACUUCAUCUGUCCUGGUCAUCCUAUAGCCUCAGGCACAGCCUGGUAGACAGCAGGUGCUCAGUUAAUGCUUGGGGCACAAAUAGCAAGUGGCUGGGAGGGCCCCACCCGUGUUGGGGUGCAGGGAGCAGAUUAAAGAGAAGGUCUUGAGUUGGGUCCAUAUGGCCAAGGGGACAACAAAGAGGCUGUUCCAAGCAGGAACAGCGUUGUCAGAGGAGGGUUCCCUCUGGCCUUAGAUACCAAGGACAGGAAGAUUUUGGAUUUUCUACUGAGGGUACUGGGAACCCCACAAGGAAUGGAGCUUGGAGGGGUGUGGACAGCUCAUAGGCAGGUGGAAGGGGCUGUGAUCAUCCGACCGAUGUGGGGUGAGGAAUGGGCGUCUGUAUGUCCACCAAGGGCUUUCCUGUUUACACAGUUACUGGCACAGGCAGAGAGAGGCAAAGCCCUAGACAGAAAGCUAGGAUCUGAGCUCUAGGAAAGGGAUUAACCCAGGAGUGCGGAUUUGCUGUAAAAUGAGGAGCCAUGGAGGGUGUGUGAGCAGGGGAGGACCUUGAUCUGGUGGGCAGUGGGCUGGUGCUGGAGAUUACUGGCUCAGCCAGUCUUUCAUAGGAGGUCUUUGCCAUGGCCAUGGGUCCCUUGGAUUGCCAGCUGUGGCCUGGUCUGCAGAGGAGGAAACUGAAGCCAGAUGGGCGUGGGAGAAGCAGCUGCUGGGGAUGCCAGCGCCGUGGGCGUAAUGGGAGGCAGGCAGGCAGUGCAGGCUGGGAAUGAUGGGCAGCUCCUUUCCUAACUGUGUGUGCAGAAGUGUUCCUGGUACAUGUGGUGGUGGUGGAGGAGGGGAGCUUGUGGAUACAGCGUGUUAGUGUAUGGUGCAUGAGACUAUGACUUCAUCCCCACUUGGGUUCCUAGACCUAUGGGACCCCGAAUUCCUCCCAGGCAGGAGGCUCUGUUUCCUGUGCGUGGCUCUGGCUAAAUACCUGAGGAUCCUGGGUGACCUCUCUUAUCCUCAUCUCUUCAUCUGACCCCUUAACAGCACCUCUUCUUUAGCCUCAGAAUACAUCCAGAAUUUACCCACUUCAUUCUAUGGCCCCACCCUGGUCCAACCCUCAGUAUCCCCCUCCCAGGCCCUGUUACAGCUCCUCACUAGCCUCCUGCCGCCUUCCACUCCUGCCCCAACAGCUCCUGUUCCCCAUGGCAAACAUGAGGGAGGCUGUUUUACAAUAGUCCGGAUCACACCCUUCCUCUGCACACACAUCCUCCAUGGCUCCCUAUUGCCCCUGCAGUAAAACUGCCAUCCUCCCUGCAGCCCACAAGGCCUGUAUGGAGAGUCUUGCUGGUGUCUUCCUCUCAGCCCUGCCUCAGGGCCUUUGCAUGAGCUGUGCUCUCUGCCUGAGAUGCUUUUUCUCCAUGGCUGGCCCCUCUGCCUUCUCAGUGUGUGGCUGGCUGCAGUGUCACUUCAAAGAGGCUAAAGUUGUCUUUUGCCAGUGUUGCCCCUCUUCUUUGCCUUCCUUGACUUCAGAAAUUAACUGGUUCACGUAACUGUUUCCUGUCUCCUCUCUGCCUCCUCAGUCCCAGACUGGGGACCCUGGCUGCAGGGAUUAUUUGUGUCCUGCAUCCCCCGUGUCCAGUACAAAGGGUGUUUUUUUGAGUGAACGAGUGGCUAGGUAUGUGUUGUUUGAGCCUCAGUCUGGAGGGCCUGGGGAGACACUCAGCAAUAUCUGGGCCACCUGAAGGUGACAUCAGGCUUGGAGGGAGCAAGGUGGGGAGUCUGAGAGAGACUUGAGAAGCAAAAUCAGUGGCACGAUGGAUGCUCAGGGUUAGGGCUAUAGGGCUAUGUACCAGGCAGCAACGCCCUCUGUAUGCCUCGGUUUUCUCCUGUGUGGGGUCAGGCUCCAGGUCAGUCCUGCCUGGGCUAGUUCCCAAAGUGUUGUAUGGCCUGUGGAGGGUUCACCUUCAGAGUGACACAGUCCCUGAUUUCCUGGGGGGCUGUCAUGAAAGGAGGAAGCAUUAACUCGCAGUCUACUGUGUGACACAUUACAUAAUGAAGGUGAUCUGUGCCCCAGCUCUGUACCAGGCACUUUCUGUGCCUCUGAUUUCAUUGUUAUUCAGUCGCUAAGUCCUACCCGACUCUUUGGGACCUCAUGGACUGUAGGCUACCAGGCUCCUCUGUCCUCCACUGUCUCCCAGAGUUUGCUCAAAUUCAUGUCCAAUUGAGUUGGUGAUGGUAUCCUCUGCUGCCCCCUUCUCCUUUGGCUUUCAGUCUUUCCCAGCAUCAGGGUCUUUUCCAAUGAGUCAGCUCUUUUAUUGCAUUUUCACAAACAGACAUGUGUAGAUGGGGCCUGUAAACAGGCCUGGAAGUUCACCUAAUGCUAACAUUUAUCAAAUGUUUACCAAGCACUCUUGGAGACACAGAGUAAUCUUCGUGUCAGCCCCGUAUUCCUCCCAUUUUACAGUUGAGAAUACUGAGGCUUGAGAAGUUAAAUCAGGUGUCUGAUUCCCGAUAGUAGCCAGGCUGAUGGCCUUUCCUGUCAUACAGACAAGAAGAGGAUAUCAGGUGCUCUGACUCAGUUUGCUAAACACGUCCACUAUUGGAAGAUGCUGGGACAAAGAAUCCCAAGCCAGGGGAAGACAGAGUUGGACAGACAAAAGAGAAGUCUUCCUGGACGAGGGGGACACUGGAUUUUGCCAGACAGGAAAGGCAUUCCAAGGAGUAAAGCUAGCGUGGGCGUGGUAGCACGAGCUGAACCAGGCCACUGGAUGGGUCUGAGUGCCACACUCCCUCCCGAAGGGCUUAAUGCCUAGGGAAUGGGUAGAGGGAGAAGCUGUCGUAUUUACAUUUUGCUAGAAGAGAGCCAAGUUCCAAGGCCCUGCAUCCAGGUACCGCCAACGCCCCGCCCCUGCCGCCUGCAACCCCGGCAAUGUCCCGCCCCUCCGCCCGCGGCCCUGGCAACGUCCCGCCCCUCCGCCCGCGGCCAUGGCAACACCACGCCCACUCGCCUGCACGCGAGUCCGCCGGCCUUGCUUCCGAGUCGCUCACCCCUCCCAGCCAGGCCAGGCCCCGCCCCCGCGCGGUCCUGGGCGGGGUUCCCGGCCUCGCUCCCGGGCGCGCGCUUCCUCCUCUCCCUAUACCCCCAGCCCCGCGGCGCGCCCCCCGCCCCUCACCGUGGGGCUCCGGGAGCAGAUUCCACGGUGAAGGUUCGCGCCCCGCCGCCGCUGGUUGCGCCCCCGUGCCUCUCGGGCCUCUAGCGGCGGCGGCGGCACAAAGGGAAGAAGCAUGUCCGACCCCAGCUACUGGACGGCGGUGGCGGCGCCCGGCCACCGGAGCCGCCUGGCCAAGGGCGCGUUGCUGCAGCGCUCCAAGAGCUGCCGCAGCGGGAACCGCAAGAGCCUGGUGGUAGGAACACCCUCACCCACCCUUUCCCGGCCCCUGUCGCCACUGUCCAUCCCAACAGCAGGCAGCAGCCCCCUAGAUAGUCCUCGGAAUUUCUCAGCUGCCUCUGCCAUCAACUUCCCUUUCGCACGGAGCCACAUCGCACGCACAGACAGGGCCGACGGCAGAAGAUGGUCCCUCGCGUCGCUCCCGUCUUCUGGCUAUGGAACCAACACGCCCAGCUCCACUGUCUCGUCGAGCUCAUCCUCUCGGGAGCGCCUCCACCAGCUUCCUUUCCAGCCGACGCCGGACGAACUCUGCUUCCUGUCCAAGCAUUUCCGCAGCUCAGACAGUGUGGCUGAUGAGGAGGGCGGCCACCGCUCACCUCGCCUCCGCCCCCGCUCCCGCAGCCUCAGCCCCGGACGCACCACAGGGACCUUCGACAAUGAGAUCGUGAUGAUGAAUCAUGUGUACCGGGAGAGAUUCCCCAAGGCCACAGCACAGAUGGAGGGCCGUCUGCAGGAGUUCCUGGCCGCCUUCUCACCCGGCGCCCGGCUGGCACUAGCUGAUGGCGUCCUGGGUUUCAUCCACCACCAAAUCAUCGAGCUGGCCCGCGACUGCCUGGCCAAGUCUGGAGAGGCGCUUGUCACCUCCCGCUACUUCCUGGAGAUGCAGGAGAAGCUGGAGCGGCUGCUGCAGGAUGCUCACGAGCGCUCAGACAGUGAGGAAGUUGGCUUCAUUGUCCAGCUCGUCCGGAAGCUGCUGAUCAUCAUUUCGCGGCCAGCAAGGCUCCUUGAGUGUCUGGAGUUUGACCCCGAGGAGUUUUACCACCUGCUGGAGGCUGCCGAGGGCCAGGCCCGAGAGGGCCAGGGCAUCAAGACUGACUUGCCACAGUACAUCAUUGGGCAGCUGGGCCUGGCUAAGGAUCCACUCCAGGAGAUGGUGCCUCUGAGUCACCUCGAUGACAAUGGAGGACAGCCACCGGCACCAGAGGAGUCCCCUGAGAGUCGUGCCCUGGUCGGCCCUUCACGGAGGAAGCCAUGUGAGAGCGACUUCGAGACUAUCAAACUCAUUAGCAAUGGGGCCUACGGGGCUGUCUACCUGGUGCGGCACCGGGAAACGAGGCAGCGUUUUGCCAUCAAGAAGAUCAACAAGCAGAACCUGAUGCUGCGCAACCAGAUCCAGCAGGUCUUCGUGGAGCGCGACAUCCUCACCUUCGCCGAGAACCCGUUCGUGGUCAGCAUGUUCUGCUCGUUCGAGACCCGGCGCCACUUGUGCAUGGUCAUGGAGUAUGUGGAAGGUGGCGACUGUGCCACGCUCCUGAAGAACAUGGGCCCGCUGCCCGUGGACAUGGCGCGCAUGUACUUCGCCGAGACGGUGCUGGCGCUGGAGUACCUGCACAACUACGGCAUCGUCCACCGGGACCUCAAGCCUGACAACCUGCUCAUCACCUCGCUUGGCCACAUCAAGCUCACUGACUUCGGCCUGUCUAAGAUUGGGCUCAUGAGUAUGGCCACCAACCUCUACGAAGGCCACAUCGAGAAAGACACCCGGGAGUUCGUGGACAAGCAGGUAUGCGGGACGCCUGAGUACAUCGCCCCCGAGGUGAUCUUCCGCCAGGGCUACGGGAAGCCAGUGGACUGGUGGGCCAUGGGCGUCGUCCUCUAUGAAUUCCUGGUGGGCUGUGUGCCCUUCUUCGGCGAUACCCCCGAGGAACUCUUUGGCCAGGUGGUCAGUGAUGAGAUCAUGUGGCCAGAGGGAGAGGAGGCCCUCCCAGCCGAUGCCCAGGACCUCAUCACCAGGCUGCUCCGACAGAGCCCAUUGGACCGCCUGGGCACCGGAGGCACCCACGAGGUGAAGCAGCACCCCUUCUUCUGGACGCUGGACUGGGCCGGGCUUCUGCGACACAAGGCCGAGUUUGUGCCGCAGCUGGAAGCGGAGGACGACACCAGCUACUUCGACACCCGCUCAGAACGUUACCGCCACCUGGGCUCUGAAGAUGACGAGACUAACGAUGAGGAGUCAUCCACAGAGAUCCCCCAGUUCUCGUCGUGUUCCCACCGCUUCAGCAAGGUCUAUAGCAGUUCUGAGUUCCUGGCCGCCCAGCCCACCCCAACCUUCGCUGAACGGAGCUUCAGUGAGGACCGGGAGGAAGGGUGGGAACGCAGCAACGAGGGGGACUAUGGGCGCCGGCUGAGCACCACUGAGAUCCGGCUGAGACCCUGCACAUCUUCUGGUUCAUCUGGCCACUCAUCCUCCUCCCAGCCUGAGCGGGGCCCUAGCCCAUCUCUCCUGAACACCAUCAGCCUGGACACGAUGCCCAAGUUUGCCUUCUCAUCAGAGGAUGAGGGAGCUGGCCCCGGUCCUGUGGGCCCCAAAAGGCCUAUCUUCAUUCUAGGGGAGCCCGAUGCUCCCCCAGAAGCCACCCCAGUGAUACCCAAGCCCUCCAGCCUUUCUGCUGACACCGCCGCCCUCAGCCACGCGCGCCUACGGAGCAACAGCACCGGUGCACGGCACUCCACGCCACGGGCCCUGGACGCUGGCCGGGGCCGCCGCCUCGGGAGCCAGAGAGACUCUGCCCCCGAGAAAUCCAGGACCUCCCCCAGCGGAGGCCGCGUGCCCAAGUCAGCCUCCGUGUCCGCCCUGUCGCUCAUCAUCACAGCAGAUGAUGGCAGCGGUGGCCCCCUCAUGAGCCCCCUAUCCCCACGCUCACUGUCCUCUAACCCAUCGUCCCGCGACUCCUCUCCAAGCCGAGACCCUUCCCCCGUGUGUGGCAGCCUGCGGCCCCCCAUCGUCAUCCACAGCUCGGGCAAGAAGUACGGCUUCAACCUGCGGGCAAUCCGCGUCUACAUGGGCGACAGUGACGUCUACACUGUGCACCACGUGGUGUGGAGUGUGGAGGAAGGAAGCCCUGCCCAGGAGGCGGGUCUGCGAGCUGGGGACCUGAUCACCCACAUCAAUGGGGAGUCCGUCCUGGGAUUGGUGCACAUGGAUGUCGUGGAGCUGUUGCUGAAGAGUGGCAACAAGAUCGCCCUUCGGACCACAGCACUGGAGAACACGUCCAUCAAGGUGGGCCCCGCGCGGAAGAACGUGACCAAGGGCCGCAUGGCGCGCAGGAGCAAGCGGAGCCGAAGGCGGGAGACACAGGACCGGCGGAAAUCGCUCUUCAAGAAGAUCUCAAAACAGUCGUCCGUGCUGCACACCAGCCGCAGCUUCUCCUCCGGCCUCCACCAGUCCCUGUCAUCCAGCGAAAGCCUCCCAGGCUCCCCCACCCACAGCCUGUCCCCCAGCCCCACCACACCGUGCCGCAGCCCGGCUCCCGAUGCCCCAGCAGACACAGCGUCUCCACCCAGUAUAUCCCCAAGCUCCAGCAGCCCUGCAUCUCCAGCUGCCGCUGGCCACACCCGCCCCAGCUCCCUGCAUGGCCUGGCCGCCAAGCUCGGGCCACCUCGCCCCAAAGCCGGCCGCCGCAAGUCCACCAGCAGCAUCCCACCCUCCCCACUGGCCUGCCCACCUGUGCCUGCGCCCCCACCCCGCUCACCCUCACCCCUGCCAGGGCAUCCGCCUGUGCCUGCCCGAUCCCCAAGGCUGCGCCGAGGCCAGUCAGCUGACAAGCUGGGUACAGGUGAGCGACUGGACGGGGAUCUGGGGCGCCGCAGCCGUGGGCCGGACUCUGAGCUGGUGAUCAUGCGACGGCUGCAUCUGUCUGAGCGCCGAGACUCCUUCAAGAAGCAGGAGGCCGUGCAGGAGGUGAGCUUUGACGAGCCACUGGAAGAAGCCACUGGGCCACCCACCUUGGUGCCGCAAAUUGCCGUGGAGGGUGCUGAGGCUGUGUCAGGAACCCUCGGACCCUCUGGGAAAGACUAAUCUACCUGGCCUCCCCCUGGCCUGGCAGUCAAUGCAUUUUCUGUGGAAUGUGUUUUCCAUAAACUGACACCUGGAUGGAGACUGAGCCACCAGCCUUUGACAUCUGAAAGAAGAGAGGUCAUCGCAGUUCUUGCCAGAAGGUGUAGACAGUGCCUCCUUCAUGUUCUGGAGCUGGUCGAUCUGGGGCCCGUAGGGGCAGGAAUGGGAGACUAGGGUGGCAUUGUAAAUAGCAGCAAAUCCCUGCAACUAAUUUAUUACUUUUUAUAAGCGAUAGUCAGACUGAGUCGCCACCCUUAAGGCGGCUGCCCGGGUCUUGCCCCAGGCACCUGGGACCCAUUUGUAAACCCUGCCCCCCUGGGCUGAGAAGGAAGCACUUUGGACAAGUCAACGCGUGUUCAUGUUUUAUGGUUUUUCUGUUCUUUUAAAGUUUUUUUGUGUAUUGUGUUACUUGACCCAUCCCUGACUUAAGACCCAUACAUUUGAAGGGAUGCAGCCUAGCUUAUCAGUCCAGGCCCAGUUUGGAUGACUUGGCGAGUCUGUAAACAAUUCCCCUCCACCACAAAAUGAAGUAAUUCUGAUGACGGACUGGAUUCUGCAGGCCACUUCCCACCAUCAUGGCCUCCAUCUCCAGGCCAGCCUUGCUAGAAUCUGCCUCCAGUUCUAUAGGCUUAGGGGUUGUGGGAACUGGGGCUUUGAUGUAUGAGUAGAAGUUCACCAAAUACAGACAGAGGAGUCAUGCACUUCACAGGCAGACACUGAUGCCCCAGGAGGCAGAGGCCUCAAAGGGCACUGCCAGGGUAGGGGAAGAAUGUCCACCCUGGACAAGAUUGUUUUGUAUUUGAUGCCUACCAGGGUGAGAACUUGACCAUGAUGUGUCUGAAACACCCCCUGGGAAGUGCCCUCUAUAUGUCAGAGCCUUGCUGGGAUGAAAUCCGAAUAAGAAAAUCCAACUGGGGGUCAGUGAGGCCCAAGUUGCAAUCUUGGCUUCACUGGCUCUGGGAAAAUGGCUUCCCCACUCUGUGCCUCAGUUUCCUUGUGUUUACAAAACUAAUACUAAUGACUAUUUAUUAAGUACCUACUGUAUGCCAAGCGCUUUUACUUGUGGCUUCUCCCUCAGUCAGCCUUGAGAAGGCUAGAGGUGGUGUUGUCCUCCCCAUAACUAAGGCCUGGCAAGGGGCACAGACAUGCCCCACGCUUUCCUGGUAAGAGUCAUGCAGCCAGCCCCUGUCCUGGGCAUUGUCAAGGGAGCUGUGGAGAAUCUGUUGUCAGAUACAGCAGACUCCAACUCCAACCCUCUCCCCUGAAAUGCUGUGUGACCCACCGGGCAUCUCAGAGCCUCCAUUUCCCAUUGGGAGAUGGCUAACGUAAUGGCUGUGUCCCACAUGAUAAGGGCACUUUCCAGGCUCUGCAGCCCACUCUGCGUUCCUUCCGGAGACACCCACACAGCACUGCCUGGUGUUGGAGCUAGAUCAAGGCUGUGCAUGAUUUUUGCUCCCGCCUUCCAUCCUGGAGCUGACAGUGAAUAAAAGCUCACAUUUACAAAGA